AUGCCUCGAGAUCCGCUGAUUGGACUGGUUGGAAAGCCAUCGAGUGGAAAGUCCACAACAUUGAACAGUCUGACUGAUGCGACUUCCAAAGUUGGAAACUUCCCCUUCACGACCAUUGACCCCCAACGGGCUAUCGGAUACCUUCAGAUCGAGUGCCCCUGUCAGCGACACAACGUUUCAGAUCGAUGCCAGCCCAAUUACGGUGGGUGUCACGAGGGACGGCGCUCCGUGCCAAUUGAGUUACUAGAUGUCGCGGGUCUCGUGCCAGGUGCGCACCAGGGCCGUGGUCUGGGUAAUAAGUUCUUGGAUGAUCUGCGUCAAGCCGAUGCUCUCAUUCACGUUGUGGACGUGAGCGGGACCACGGAUGCUGAAGGAAAGGCCACCCGUGGAUAUGACCCCUCGGUAGAUAUCGAAUGGCUGCGUGGAGAGAUUGUGCGAUGGGUGCUUGGAAACCUUAUGGAAAGAUGGGGAUCUAUCAAGAGGCGACACAUGGCACUGAAGGCCAACCCUAUCGACACACUGCAAAAACAGUUUGCAGGUUACGGAAGUACUCAACAGACCGUUGCUCGCUUCAUGGACAAACUGGCCAUCAAACAGCCCCUGGAGGAAUGGACAGACGAGACGGUAGAGGUUGUUGUGAACGCUUUCAUCGACGAAAAGUUCCCUACCGUAUUCGCUCUAAACAAGAUCGACCACCCAGACGCGGACAAGAACGUCAGCAAAAUUGCCAAGAUGCAAGACCCACAAAGCAUUGUGCUAUGCUCUGCUAUAUCCGAAGUCUUCCUUCGGCGACUAGCAAAACAAGAGUACAUCAAGUACGUCGAAGGUAGCGAGUUUGUUGAUUCGCGAGAAGACUUGAUUGAAAUGGGUGACCCGACUGGCGGUGGCCUCAAGGAGAUGGACGAGAAACUGAAAACCCGAGUUGAGAACCUGAAAGAUAUGGUGCUCUACCGAUUUGGAUCCACUGGUGUCGUGCAGUGCCUGUCCCGAGCCGCAGAGCUUCUGGGCCUUGUACCGAUCUUCCCUGUCCGCAAUGUGCAGACUUUCAACUCUGGCUCUGGAACUGCCGUGUUCCGGGACUGUGUUCUAGUCAAGAAAAACAGCACUGUCGGCGAUGUCGCCCGAAAGGUCAUGGGCGAUGUGCCUAUCAACUAUAUCGAAGGUGUUGGCGGAACACGAGUAUCUGAAGAAGAUUUUGUGGCUGUCGGGAAACACGACAUCCUUUCAUUCAAGGUUGGUCGAUAG